AGAGGGAAUCCAACCAAAUUGUAGUGUUCAUUCCUUCCCUCGCAUCAAUCUCCCUUUGCACAUUAUUUUCAUUUCAGGCUUUUCUUCCUUCCUUCUAGGGUUUGAACAAUCCGGUCGACUACUGCUCUUCUCUGUCAUGUUUCCUUUGAGUUCUGUCCGAUUCAAAUCAGGAUUUCUAUAACCACCACCGCCGAUUUUCCCCUUCAACCAUUUGUCUACUUGGAAUCCGAAAAUCCCCAUUUCUUGUUUCUUCAAAAUUUCCCUUCUGCAUCAUCAUUCAAUCCAUUAGGCUUUUUCAUCAAUUAUGAUUACAAUCUUUAAGCCCUUUAUGACAUUCAUCGUAGUCGUUCACAAUCUUCGUGUUUUUGGUCCUGGAUUGAAUCCCUUUGCACCCUACUGCGUGGCUCAUCAUUUUGUUGCUGUUUCUCGCUAAUUCUCUUUUCUUUCAGUCUUCCCUCUCCAUUCUCCUUUCAUUUUGCUUUUGUUAUUCCCUUUGAAUCAUGUAAUUGUUCUGUCUUUUUGGGUUCUGGGUUUUCUUGUCAUAGAAACAAGUUUUGGUUUUUUUUGUCAUACAAGGGAGUUUUUGUUUCUUGUUUGUGAUUUUACGAAUCGAGGCUGUGUUCUAGUUGAUUGACUGAAAGGGGAAUUUAAGAACAUGCCUCAGGAACAGAGGAGCCCGAUUAGUCGAAGCCUUUCCAGAAGGCGUUCCUUCCGAUAUGAAGUAUUCAAUACGGAUGAUAGGGGAUGGACUUCCCUCCACAUUGGUGCGAGAAAGGGUGAUCUUAAAGAGGUGAAACGUUUGCUCAAUGAUGGAAUGGAUGUGAAUUCAAUAGCAUGGGGCCCCAAAUCGAAGGGGUUGACCCCCCUCCACCUUGCUGCCGAGGGUGGACAUCUUGAAGUGAUGGACGAAUUGCUUGAACGUGGUGCCAACAUUGAUGCUAGAACCAAAGGUGCUUGUGGCUGGACACCUCUACACAGUGCAGCUAAAGAGAGAAGGAAGGAAGCUGUGAAGUUCCUUGUGGAAAAUGGUGCAUUCUUACCAGAUGACAUCAAUGACUGCAGAUUUAAUCCUCCACUCCACUAUUGUCCUGGACUCGAGUGGGCAUACGAGGAGAUGAAGCGGCUUCAUCACGAUAAUAGUUCGUCCGAAGAGACGUCUUGCAGCUCUGAGAGCUGAAAGCCCAUUCUACUCCCCACCCCCUUGGUGGUGGUGUUCUUGAGUUUGACUCUUUUCAUCACGACAUCUAUCUUAAAUCUGUGUGUUGGAUGAGAUAUUAUGUUUUUUUUUUUUUUUGUUUCUCUAUGGAACAACUUAUGAAGUGUGUUGUGAAACCAUAAAAACUGUGUUGUGUGUUUGUGUAAACCUUUUCCAACCAUGGAUCAAUUUGCAUUAUCUCUUAUUAAUCUU